AUGCUUAGUUUUUAUACUUCUUAGGUCUUACUAAUCCCAAAUACCUACUGAUGUGUUUUAUUAGCUACACUGUCAUCCAGAUAUCUGGAAAAGAUGUUUUAGCCUCAAUGAGACCUGUCGAUACAGCUUAUGGUGGUUUCGCAGGAAACUAAAGACAUGCAUUUAUAGCUGAUGCCUGACAUAUUUCAUAACGUGCCCUAUGCAAGUGAGCGCACCACGAGUUCUGACAUAAAUAUUAAAGAAAGGCUAAAUAUUUCUACGCCCGACUGAGUUUCUAUCUCGGUUGAAGCCGUGUUUAGACUGUCGCACGUUGUCUGUGAUCGGAGGCCGUACUUUCUAACCGCGCUAUAGUGUUAAGUCACAGAUGAAAUUCCCAUCGGUCACCCAUCAGGGCGCGGGCGGAUCAGAGUUUGGAUUAACUUUUGACUUAAGUUUCUCGAAAAGAAGACGAAAGCCUCCUGGAAUGUUUGAACCUCAGAAAUCCUUUGUUCAGUUUGGAUGAGAGCAUCCAGAAUGAGAAACAUACCAAAGAGAAAGAAGGGAAGAAAACUUAAGCGAGGCCUGAAGCAACAUUCCUCUCAGGAUGAACAGUUCAUGUUUCUUUGAAAUAGCUGCCAAGAUAAAAAAGCAUCCUCCUCCAUCCACAUCAAAGAACAAUGGGGAGGGGGAAAAAAUGGCUUUCCGUUUCAUUAUAACCUGUGAGAACAAGAGGCUGAGACGACUGGCACUGCCUCCUUCUUAUCUAACUGAGGUUACAAAGGCCAGUUUGAGGCAGCGCCAGUUCGAGCAGAUGAAGAGCGAACAAGCUCGAGCUCGGUAUAUUCACCGAUGCCUGGAAAUCGCUGACUGUUGUGGUUUGGAGUGGAAACUCUUGCCGCCACAGCUGCAAUAUGAAGAAUUUGCAGAACCGUGUUAGGUAAGAGGCACGUUGGAUAUAAAAUGUGGCUUUGAAGGACUUGGAAAUGAUUUUGGAUGUCCCACAUCCACGGAGCUGCAUGUGAAUGUGGUAUACUUUUCUCAUGCUAGUAUAAAACUCUUUGUUUAAAGUCACAAAUACUCUUCAUAUUCCUCUACAGAACUUAAACAGGCCUAACCUAACUUAAAGGAGCAGAUGCCACGUUUGGAAACCCAAUAAUUAUCUCUCUUCUAUUGGAGGAUGCAUGUCAUAUCGAUGGAUGAUGAAAGAUGGGAAAGAUUACUACGCUAAGGACAUGAUGUCAUUCAAUAGAGUCAGAGAACUUAGUAUUUAUUCCAUAACUGUCUGCGUUUGGAUAAAUACAAGUAAAUGUAAAUAAACACAUGAUGUCGAACCCAAUCAUGACCAGUUCCAUUAACAUAACAAAGUGCUGAAAAGGCCUAAACACAGAUUAAAAAUGAAUCACUAUUGUGUCAUGUACUGGCAAAUAAAAACUACGAGAUCCAUGAACAUAUAUGUGAACUGUCUGUUAUGUUAGAAGACAACUGCAAUUAUAUUCCUGUAAAAGUGUAAUCCCUUCAGCGGUUUAGAUUAUCAUGUCAAACCAUGCAGGGGAACAUUUGUACAUUUAUUCUUAUUGAAAUUUAAGCAAGUCAAGCAAGCUCUUUCAGAAGCCUAUUGACUGGCUGAAGCUCCAUGCUCACAACAAAGACACAAUUUAGCAUUGAAAGUGUUUAAAACAUUUACAGUACAAACAAAAAUACACAUAUUUGCUGCCUUUUCCUUCAUGUUGCAAUUUACCUAAUAUCUCUGGCCCAUUUUAGAUAUUAUCCUACUGGCAAGACUGGGCUUUUAACUUAAUUACUUAAUUGAUAUUUGAUCAAUUUCAAGGUUGGAUGUGCAGUAUCACCAGGCAGAAUCUAAUUUAAAUUAAGUAUCUCUGACAGUUGAUUGGAGGCUGAGGGUGGUCAAAUAAAUCUUUUUGUUUCACGUCGUAUGUUAAACUAUGAGUGGGAAAAAAAGAGGUAAAAAUAAUCAAAAUCUGUGGUUUGAAUUCUGCGUCCUGUUGAGAUUAGCUCCAGGGAAUGGAAACUGCUGCAGUGGAAGUCUGUGUAAAACCACAGUGGGCUGUUAUGUGAGAGCAGGUCAUCGUCAGUGUCACAGACAGGAAUGUCUGCAGGGGCUGUGCAGAUAGCACAGAAAAUCCAGUUCGUUACAUCAUUUCUAUUAAUUCCUCCCUUUCUUUGUCCCCAGUUUUCCGCUCUUGAGUCAGUACACUGGGUUCAUGUCAGACCCUCACAGCUGACUGUGCGAUAUUUCCAGGCUGCUGCUUUCUGCUGUUUUCCAGCGAAUGACGUCAGGUGUCCUGAAGCCUUUCUGGAGAAAAGUGGGCAUGUAUUGUUGGUUUCUGUGGAGGCUUUGUUGUCUUUGAACUUUUCCUUUUUUUCUUAUGUAAAGGCAACAAUCUCCCGAAACAGUCUGACCUUUGAAACACCGGACAUCGAAAGGGCACUUGACCUUUAAAGGCCAUCUUACCCUGAAGCUUGACCCUAACCAAGUUUCCAUAUAAAAUAGUUAUCAGCCAGCUAAAACAUUAAAAUAUUAAUACUGUUAAAGCGGGUCAUGAGAAAGUUGGUGUCAAAAAGUGGUCGAUGACAACAAACACUACAACAGGCAAACUAACUACAACCUAACUAAACUACAGGGGAAAUAUGGAUCCUAGAUUUUUGAAACAACUUCACAUACUACCAAAAAAAGAUACGAAAGCGUCCAAACUCUUGGAUGAAAACUGUGUGUGUAGCUCGGAUACAUUCACUGGACACUACAGGUACCAGGUUAGCAUGUGCAACCUAGCUUACACCAAAGCAAUAACUUCUUCUGGGGUUCCUACAUUAAUAUUAAGCAUUUCUGGUACUGUUUCAAAGAGAUGUUGAAGUUUUUAGGGACACUGUGAAGCUUUCAGUUUGAGGUGUUGCGGAGUCGUUUUAACAUUUUGACACACAAAUAAACUGCUGACCCCAAAGUAAUUGUAGAGUCAUUAUGAAUGUAGAAAUUUCUGAAGUAAUGUUGUUAUUUACCUCAGGUAAACUGGCACACACAUCUACAUCUUGUACACACCAAACUCAUAACUUGUAAAAGAGCAUCAGUGUAGUUUGUGCCACUGUAUUCCAGUGUGCAAGUCCCAGUACAUCACAUUUGUAUUGCUAUGACAUACAUCUACAACUACAUCUAUAUGUGAAUAUUAGUGUUGUUGGGGGUGGCUGCUGCCCUCAAGGAGUGUCAUUGCUAUGGACCGGGGGUGCCUGGUAUAGUCUAGGUGGAUGGCACAGGUCAAUGUUAUUUAAUUCUCGUGUCAGGGGUUUUAAUGUUAUGGCUGAUCGGUCCGGUUGUAGGUGUUGUGGAGUUGUUUUUAGCUUCUUUUUGAAAAAUAUAAAUGUGGGAAUACAAAACGUCACUAAAUAAACUACUGACUGUAACUACUGGUGUAACAGCGACACCCAGCGGAAUUACUGUGAACAGCCUCACCUGCGUCGGAAACACACGAAACGUGAGAAAUAAAUCAGCGGCAGUGAAAGCGAGGAAAGUUUAAAAAAAGUUUACACCUGCCCUGGUAACUUUCGCGUUAAAUAUUUCUAUAUUUGUUUUGUUUGCGUGCAGCUAACGUGAUGUGUCUCUGAGCGUGAACCGUGUGAACUUCUCUCUUCUCUCGUUGACGUCGUUAAACCUCGACACAAUCAGGAAGUCCGGGGAUUUUCCUCCGCUCUUGAGACACAAAAGUUGAAUGGAGAGUGGACACGCCGCCGUUUACCGACAAAACAACGCGGCGUGACACAGUUGAACGCUUGUAGUAAAUUCAUCUGUGCGGUUCAUGUCAUCGUUACGCGUUUAUUAAGUGAUUUUAGUCGUCGGUCUUUACCCGGAACACCUGGAUUUUCACUUCGCGGGUGAGAGUGAUGGAUGCUCCUCACCUAACUGAAGAUGAAAUGGCAGAGAUAAAGAAAGACGUGCUGACCAGGCUGCGGCACUACCUCUGCGACAAGAUCAGAGCGGAUCGCCACCUGGACUACCUGCGCUCUCGCAGGAUCCUGACGCGGGACGACGCCGAGGAAAUCAGCUGCAGGACCACCCAGACGAAGAGGACGGCCACGCUGCUGGACAUCCUGGCGGAGAACCCCCGCGGCCUGGACGCCUUGGUUGACUCCAUCCGGGAGCUGCGCUCGCAAAACUUCAUCAUCACCAAGAUCACGGACGAGGUGCAGAGGGCCAAAAACGAGAAACUGGAGUCGCUCAGAGCUGGGGCUUCCAGUUCCUCAUCUGACACCACCCUCAGCCCUCCCAGCACAACCUCCACUGACCUCCUCACCACGUUUUCAAACAACUCCACCCUGCUCUUCCACCCCGACGGAGAGCGAAGCCCCUCCACUUCGGAUGUGGCGGCCUCGCUCAACCUGCCGUCGCUACAGAAACCCGGAGACUUUCCCUCCGUGGGGGGCGUCAGCAUGGCCGCGGCCUCCUCCACGACCUCCUCCAGCCUGCCGAAGCCCGGCGACCCGGGAGCUCCGCCGCUGCCGGACGAGGUCGUCCUCGAAGCCCCGUCCAACAUGGAUACCACGACGCCGGGGUGCACCAGCAACGGGGGGGACCCCAAUUUCCAACCCCUGCGGUCGCGCUCGCUCACUCCGACAUCACACCGGAGCAUCUUCUAACAAGUUCUCAUGCGUUUAAAGGGACCAAACCAACAGAAUCCUCAACCAUUCAGCUCACUCACGGACACCCCCGUCGUCUCUUUUUAGGUGUUCGUCUCGCCUUUAAUUGGGCAGUUUCUGAGAAAUUGCCGCACAUACGAUGUACUACAUAUCACCACUAUGCGAAGCAAUGUUAUAAAGAGGAAGUGGGGGCAUUUCAUCACUGGGCCUGGGGUAAUAUUGGAAGGUAUUUGUGACUGGUGCCAGUUUGUUACCUUAGUGUUGGGGAUGAGGCCAAAGUGAUACUUUUAGUUUUAAAAAUAGGAACAUGUUCAAACAAAUGUACAGGAAGUUUCUCUAAGUAUAAUGAAUAUGGGAAAUAAGAAGAUGUGAUAGGUUUCCGUGCUUGCCAGACAGUUUACUCAAAGCAUAUCACAGUUAGAUGCCCCCGCCGGAGCUUUUUCUACUCUCUCAAAGGUUUGAUUUUCUGUAGGUGGAGGACACAUAUUCACUACAGACUGACCACUGUGAGAAUAAACUUAUGUUCUGUACACUGGAAUGACUACUUGAGCAUACAUGAAAUGUAAUAAGCUUGUCUACCUGUGACCAGAAAUUGUGUUCUCUCUCUCUCUCUUUUUUUUUGUUUUUCUUCCGUGCAUUAAGUCCUGAGAGUUGUGUUACAUCGUUGGCACUACAGAGGUCUUGAAAUUCAUAAUGUGAAAUACAAGCCACGUCCAGACUUCUGUCUUCAUUCACAGGUCACGUCCAACGACCUGUCGCACGCCAAAGGUUUUAUAUAUGAAUUCAACUUGUGUUUUACACUGGCAGCUCUGUGGCUGAUGAGAAUAAAAGAUCCGUGUUGACUUCUAGCGAGACUCCUCUCGAAAUGAAAGUUGAACUAUUAUUGCAUUAAAAGGCUUGGCUUUGGA